AGAAAAGUCAUUUUUGGUUUCUCAUUUAAUAGAAAAACAUGUCUGGUUCACUGCCUGCAACCUUCGUCAAGGGCUUUCACAAUGAGGAACAAGUGCGUCGCAUGGAGUACCGCAAUCUGGGCUCCACGGGCCUCAGGGUUUCCACGCUAGCCCUCGGUGGAGCCACUCUCUCGAAUCUAUUUGACAAUGACUUUGAUCGCGACGAGGGCAUCCGGACAGUGCACGAGGCUAUCAAGAGUGGCAUCAACUACAUCGACACGGCUCCCUUCUACGGGAAAUCAGAGGAGUUGCUAGGUCAGGCCCUGAAGGAUGUGCCCAGGGAAGCCUACUACAUUGCCACCAAAGUGGCUCGUUACGAAAGGGAUCCGGCAAAGAUGUUCAACUACACAGGCGAGAAGGCUCGAGAAAGUGUAAAAAGAAGCCUAAAUCUUUUGGGCUUGGAUUCAGUAGAUGUCCUACAAGUUCACGACGUGGAUGCCGCUCCGAGCCUGGACAUGGUGCUGAACGAAACCAUACCUGUUCUAGAGGAGUACGUGAAGGCUGGAAAGGCCCGUUUCAUAGGAAUUACCGGUUACGACGUGGACAUUUUGAAGGAGUGCGCCGAACGGGGAAAGGGUCGCAUCCAGUUGGUGCUCAGCUAUGCCCGCUACACCCUAGUGGACAACACCCUACUGCGUCACAUGAAGGCGUUCCGGGAGCUGGGAGUGGGCGUGAUCUGUGCCGCCGCCCACGCUCUAGGUUUGCUGACUAACCGCGGACCGGCUGCGUGGCAUCCCGGCAGUCCGGAGCUUCUGGAGGUGGGCAAACGUGCUUCGGAGAUAUGUCGCCAGAGGGGAGUGGAGCUGGGAAAACUGGCCAUGUACUACACCAUGCAACUGGACGGGGCGAGCACCUUCCUCAUCGGCAUUCCAAAUCGCAGACUCCUACGGAUCAACUUGGAUGCUGUCUUGGACGGGCUGACUUCUGACGAGCAGGAAGUUUUGAUAUACUUGCGUGAAAACGUUUUCACCAAAUCCUACAGCUGGUGUUCCACACUGGAGACGGUAAACAUGUUCAAGUAGUUGGAUACUCAACUGAAGUAAUGGAAAUCAACAUUCGAGAGGAAGUGGACUAAAACCUACAAGAUUAGAAACAUAUUUAGACUUUAUAAAUAUAAACUUUUAUUUUAUUUUCAAAAAUUUAAAUAAGAGUAAACUUGU